AUGCUGGGUACUUUCGCUCCUCACCGGGAACCAUAUGUGUAUACAUUGGAGGAGGACACAACUCCAUCUGGUGUGCUGGCAAGGGGAAUUUAUUCUGCCAAGCUUAAGUUUGAAGAUGACGACAGAAGGUGCCAUAUGGAGCUCAAAUAUUCCUUUGAGAUUAAGAAGAGCCGCUAA